ACGACGCCGGAGAUAAUUGUAGUAUCAUAUAUGUAAGUACAUACAUCGCGAACAGCACCAUUUUGAAUUGUAAUUUAAAUUUUGAGGUUAUGAAAAAAAGUGUCGUAAACAUAUUAUGAUUGAAGAAUCAAUGAUGUUACCUCCAGGGAUGGAAAAUGUUUAUCAAGAAAAUGAACCUUUACAAAAUCAUAAAGUCACAUCAAAUACUGAUAAAAGGAAUCGUCCAAAGAAAAAGAAGAAGAAAAAUAAGAAGAAGAGAAACGAGAUAACGACAUCUAAAAAAAUUAUUGAUUCUGCUGAAAGAAAAGAUGAUGAACCCGAAGUUGAAUAUAUCCAAGAUAUACCCACAAUCAAUGAUCUCGAGCCAAUGUACCGGCAAUUUGCUAAAAUCUUUGAUGCAUUCAAGUUGGUUGAGAAUGAAAAAAAUAGUACAGAUACUGGUGAGACGAUCAGCGAAUAUCCACCUCCUGAUGCAAUUGUCAAUAAUAAAAUUGGUAAUGGUAUGGAUGAUUAUGACGAUGAUGCACCUCAGCAACGACAUCAUCAGCAUGGUGACAACGAAACUCCACGAUUAUCAAAGAGGAAACUGAAAAAAUUAACAAGACUUAGCGUAGCAGAACUCAAACAACUAGUGGGACGACCAGAUGUUGUAGAAAUGCAUGAUGUUACUGCAAGAGAUCCAAAGUUACUAGUCCAAUUGAAAGCCUACAGAAAUACAGUACCUGUUCCAAGACACUGGUGUUUCAAGAGAAAAUACUUGCAAGGAAAGAGAGGUAUAGAAAAACCUCCAUUUGAUUUACCUGCUUUCAUUAAACGAACAGGUAUCACUGAGAUGCGAGCUUCUCUACAAGAAAAAGAUGAAUCCAAGACUUUGAAGGCCAAAAUGAGAGAGCGUGCUAGGCCGAAAUUGGGCAAAAUAGAUAUUGACUAUCAAAAACUUCACGAUGCAUUCUUCAAAUGGCAAACCAAGCCAAGAAUGACUAUUCAUGGUGAUCUAUAUUAUGAAGGUAAAGAGUAUGAAACACGACUAAAAGAAAAGAAACCUGGAGAAUUGUCAGAUGAAUUGAGAACUGCCCUUGGUAUGCCUAUUGGACCAAAUUGCCACAAAGUACCCCCUCCAUGGUUGAUUGCUAUGCAGCGUUAUGGACCACCUCCAAGUUAUCCAAAUUUGAAAAUUCCUGGCUUAAAUGCUCCAAUCCCAGAAGGGUGUGCUUUUGGCUAUCAUGCAGGUGGUUGGGGUAAACCUCCGGUAGAUGAAAGUGGACGACCCCUGUAUGGUGAUGUUUUUGGUGUUCAAAGAGCUCCUGGAGGUGAUGCUAUGGAUGAAGAGAUUGACAGAGGCUUAUGGGGUGAACCAGAAUCUGAAUCGUCUGGUGAAGAAGAUGAAGAAGAUGAGGAUGAGGAGAAAGAAGAAGAAGGUAAAGAAGAUGCUACAGGACUGGUCACUCCCGGAGCUGAAGGUUUGAUAACUCCAAGUGGAAUCACAUCUAUUCCUGCUGGUCUUGAAACUCCAGAAACAAUAGAAUUAAGGAAACGCAAGAUAGAAAGUGAAAUGGAAGGAGGAGAAACACCUGCAUUGUAUACUGUCUUGCAAGAAAGACGAACAGAGGGAUUAGGUAGUAGCAUGAUGGGUAGCACACAUGUGUAUGAUAUGACAGGUGCAGGUGGUCAAGCUCCACCAUCUGUGAUAGCUGCACGACGAGGUGCAGUUUCGACAUCUGAAGUCAGGGCAACAGAAAGAGAAGGAGCAGUUGAAUUAGCUCUGGAUCCAAGUGAGUUGGAUUUGGACUCUGAGGCUAUGGCUACAAGAUAUGAAGAGACAAUGCGUAAUCGGCAAGCUUUACGACGUGAAGAUUUAUCAGACAUGUUACAAGAUCACGUUCAAAGACAAAAGAGCAAACGAAAACGUCAACAAAACCAGGAAAGCAAGUCAUCAAAGAAAUACAAAGAAUUCAAAUUUUAAGCCUUUUGAUUCGGGUUUUUGUAAUAUACCUUGUAUAAGCUUACUUCGUUAUGAUAUAGUAUAAUAACUCAAUACAAUAGCUUGUUUACUAUUAAUCAAUGACAAUUAAAGUAAUAAAACAAUUUGAUUGUACAGAAAAUAAAAAACAGGAAGCAUAAAUCUAAUUAGAUUGGUACAAAUUUUAUGUUUGAUUAUUGUUCUAUUACAGACUGUUUCUGAGAUCUACACCCUCACAUUUUUAUCAAAGUUUGACACAUUUAUUAUUUAUGUAAAUUGAAUUAUUUGCCCCGAUAUUCAAGCAAUAAAAUCAAUUAUUUCAAAAGUAAUUAACAAAUUUUCGAUUUUUGUUUUAAUGUAAAUAUUUCGUUCACUAUAAAGAUAUUUAAA